CACACACACACACACACACACACACACACACGACUAACCACGAGAACAACAACAUUAUAUGCACACGUCUGAUUGUAGAUGAGAAUAAGAAUAUAUGAAGUAUCAUUAGUAUAUCAGUGACUUACAUGAGAUAAACAGCAGCUUCAGGCCUCAAAUACGCGUUCUCAGAGAUAAAUGUGUGUGUCUCGCAUUCUUCUUCUUCUUCUACGCCUCCUCCUCCUCCUCCUUCUUCUUCUUCGGUGGUGAAUAUGCGGAUUACUGGCUCAAUACCGCACCCUUCUGCUCCGGAGUGUGGGUCAAACAAAAGCAUUACAUUCGGAGGAAAAACGAGAUAAGAUUGCUAUCACUCUAUCAACAUGUUCUUGCGUAUUCAUCGUAUCUUAUAAAAACUCUGUUCCCUUUUUAUUUUAAACGCACAGAGUUCCGCAUUCCUCCGCGUCACUGUUGAAAGCGGCGCGUUUCGUUGCCUGUCUCGCUUUAUCGAGUCUUAUCUGCGCGCUUUGUUACCAUAAUCACUUAAUAUAUUAUAUUGUUUUUGUAUCCGCUUUAACUCCAUGUUCCAGCAGAGCGGCGAUGUUUCCCGUCAGGCAGUAGGUGCCCGGAUCUGCAGGGUGGCAGCUGAAGGACCCCGCGUCGCUCCGUUACACUCGUGUAUUCGCCCUCAACCGGAGACUCUCGCGAUCACAGCUCAAGAUGAGCGCGCUGGAGACGCUGGAUCGAGUCGAGCUGUGUGGAAGCCUCCUGAAGUGGAUCCAGACGUUCGCUGUGGAGGCGCCCUGUUCAGCGGUGGACGAGAUGACCAGCGGAGUGGCCAUGGCACAAGUCCUGCAGAAAAUAGAUGGCAUGUAUUUCACUGACGCGUGGAUCAGUCGUAUCAAACCUGAUGUUGGAGACAACUGGAGGUUAAAGAUCAGCAAUUUAAAGAAGAUAUUGAAAGGUAUUCUGGAUUACAACCAUGAGGUGUUGGGGCAGCAGAUCAGUGACUUCACUCUUCCAGACGUCAGUCUCAUCGCAGAGCAUUCAGAUUCAGCUGAACUGGGCCGAAUGUUGCAGCUCAUCCUGGGCUGCGCUGUUAACUGCGAACAGAAGCAAGGUGUGUGUGUGUGUGUGUGUGUUAUUGUGUGUGUGUGUGUCAUUGUGUGCUCCGCCUUCCGUGGUGACAUUGCAGCCGCGCUGAACAUUCUGAUUGGUCAGAAUAAUCCGUGA